CAGCUGCAAGGCUCAUCCCUCCCUCCAUCCCUCCCUCCCCGCUUCCAUCCCUCCUUCCCUCCAUCCAUCCCGCCGCACCCAUGGAGGCCGGCGCAGGUCGCUGACCCCCCCCCGCCGGCGCUGCCGCCCCGGACAUCGGCAGCGGGGCCCGCGCAGCUCCCCGUGCCCAGGACCCGCGGUGCCGUGGCCAUGUCCCUGCCGGGGAGCCGACGCUCGUCCACGGGAUCCCGAAGUCGCGGGGUUUAUGGACGGAGUGGCUUUGCCUCCUUCUUUAAGUCUUCAGCGCCCUCAGCCACUCGGCCUGAGACACAGCCUCUUCUCCCUGCCUCCAGGCGCCCCUCGCCCCCGGGGGACACCUACGGCACCUCCUCGCUGAGCAGCAGCAGCAAUUCUGGCUCCUGCAAGGGCAGCGACAGCAGCCCCACCCCAAGGCGCUCGGCCAAGUACAACCUCUGCAGCGACAACCAUGGGAUAAAGCCGCCGACGCCGGAGCAGUACCUGACCCCGCUGCAGCAGAAGGAGGUGUGCAUCCGGCACCUGAAAGCGCGCCUGAAGGACACGCAGGAGCGCCUGCAGGACAGGGAUGCCGAGAUCGAGGACCUGAAGACGCAGCUCUCGCGGAUGCAGGAGGACUGGAUCGAGGAGGAAUGCCACCGCGUGGAGGCCCAGCUGGCGCUGAAGGAGGCCCGCAAGGAGAUCAAGCAGCUGAAGCAGGUCAUCGACACGGUGAAGAACAACCUGCUGGAGAAGGACAAAGGGCUCCAGAAGUACUUCGUGGACAUCAACAUCCAGAACAAGAAGCUGGAGACGCUGCUGCACAGCAUGGAGGUGGCGCAGAACGGGGCGCUGAAGGAGGAGGGGGCCGGCGAGUCGGCCGGGGGGUCCCCAGCGCGGUCCCUCACCCGCAGCUCCACGUACACCAAGCUGAGCGACCAGGGGGCCGGGGACCGCAACGUGGGGGGCUCACAAACCAUCUCGGUGGACGAGGGGGCCGACAGCGGCUUCAUGGGCAUGGAGGAUGCUCCGGGACACACGGACCCGCUGGAGAUGGGGGCUGAGCCCGGCCCCCGCCUGCCCCCCAGCUCCACCUACGAGAAGCUGCUGCGGGGCAGCGCGGAGGCCGGGGUGCAGGCGAGCUGCAUGCAGGAACGGGCCAUCCAGACGGACUUCGUGCCCUGCCAGCCCGACCUGGACGCCAUCCUGGAGAAGGUGAUCAAGUCCCAAGCCUGCAGCUUGGGCAGCCCCACCUCGGCCUGGGUGUCCGAGAUGGAAGACACGAUGCCCGUCCCCGAGCUCUCCAACCCCACCACGGACCUGCUGGUGGCCGAGCCCGACGCCGCGGUGAUGGGUGCCGGCGGCGAGGGGGGGCCCGUCCCCUGCCCCAACCCGGCCGUGCGCCAGCCCCCCAGCGCCUCGGUGGCCAUCGCCUGCGCGGCGGAGGAGGAGCCCUCGGAGGUGCCCGGCUGCGAGGGGCCCCCGUCCAAGAGCUACUGGAGCCGCCACUUCAUCGUGGAUCUGCUGGCCGUGGUGGUGCCGGCCGUGCCCACGGUGGCCUGGCUGUGCCGCUCGCAGCGCCGGCAGGGCCAGCCCAUCUACAACAUCAGCUCCCUGCUGCGCGGCUGCUGCACCGUCGCCCUCCACUCCAUCCGCAGGAUGGGCUGUCGCCCCGUCGCCAGCCCCGGCGGCAGCGCCCAGCCCUGAUCCAACCCCCCCAGAACCCCCCGACCGCCCCCAAGGACCUGACCGCUGAUUGUAAAGCCCCAGCGUGUCCCUGCUCCCUGCAGGGAUGCGGCCCUGGGGGUGGGAAGGGGAUGGGGGGGAGUCUGU